UGGGGAGGGGAGCACGUGAUGACGCUGGACGUUGGGCGCGAGGUGGAAGCUUCCAGAUCGCGGCGGUGGGAGCGGCGGCGAGUGGCCUAUUAGCCGAGGAGCCGCCGCGGAGCUCAGGCCGCUCACACCCCGGGAAUAGAGUGCCGCGAAGCCGCGAGGGAGGGCCGAGCGCAGGUUGGAGAACAAUGAAGAUCUGGACCUCGGAGCACGUCUUCAACCAUCCGUGGGAAACAGUUUUCAAAGCUGCCAUGCAAAAGUAUCCAAAUCCUAUGAAUCCAAAUGUAGUAGGAGUAGAUGUAUUAGAUCGGCGUGUUGAUGAACAAGGAAAGUUGCAUAGCCACAGACUGCUCAGCACAGAAUGGGGGUUGCCGUCUGUUGUUAAAUCACUUAUCGGAGCAUCAAGGACAAGGACGUAUGUUCAAGAACACUCUGUUGUGGAUCCUGCGAAGCGGACCAUGGAGCUUAAAUCGGCCAAUAUAACUUUAACUAAUUUAGUAUCAGUAGAUGAAAGAUUGAUAUAUAAACCUCACCCGCAAGACCCAGAAAAGACCAUCCUUACCCAAGAAGCAAUCAUCAGCGUAAAAGGAGUCAGUCUGAGCAGUUACAUGGAGGGAAUGAUGGCUAGCACCAUAUCCGCUAAUGCAAAUAAAGGACGUGAAGCAAUGGAAUGGGUGAUUCAUAGGUUAAACGCUGAAAUUGAAGAGCUAACGGCAUCUGCACGAGGAUCUAUAAAAAUACCAAUGGCCGCAGCAUCAGCAGAGUGACAGAUGAAUGGGUUACACAGACCUACAUAAACUAACUCUGGGGUAUUUAACCUACCACUUCCCACUGUGCAUUUCAUUCCUCAUCACUAGGGGUCCCAUUCUAAUCUGUUCAAAGCUGAUGUAUUCUAUAUUUUAUACAGGUACAUGAAGGUGAUGUUUUGAUUAGAAUCGUGCCCCCGAUGACCAGCAAUAUUUUUUUGAUAACUGCAUUGGAGUGAUUCAGAACUGAUGCAGAGAGAGAAGUACUAGAUUUAAUAAUGAGUACUGUUGUGUGAAAGAAGACUGGAGGAAAAUUAAGUCACAGUAAUUUGUUCAUGAGUGCGAUUCGAAUACCAAUGUCAAUAUUUUACAGACUGAGUGCUUGCAAAAGACUUAAUGCAAAGUGGAAGGUUAGGUGCUGUUUUUCUGAAAGGUGUAAUAGCUUUUAUCAAGUGCAGUACCUAAAUAUGCCAAUAUUGUACUCCUAUUAAGAGGGACACUUGGUAUUUAGAUUCGGCUUUAAAACCUAGAACUUUGGGAAUCCUGAAUUUUUUUUGUGGCUUUGAAUAUCUGUAACUAAUUAACUAAUUUCUAGCUCUACUGUGGAGCAAGAAUUUUGCUUGCAGUAUUAAAAUGGAAGGCAAACUUGAAAUUUACUUUUGACGUAAAAAGAUAGCGUACAAAGGACCGAAAGGCGGUCUCCUGGGCUAAAAGACAUCUUUUUCUGUGUAGAAAAAGGUCAACCAUUCAGGUUCAAUGUGCUUUUUGUAUUGAUAUCUUGAGAUAUUGUGACAUUCCUAACUCAGUAAAAUAUUAUUACUGAAAGUUUUCUGUAUAUAGGAAAUAAAACGCACAAGGCCUGUUGAAAUGAAAGUCAUGAGACAUUUCAUUUACUAUUUUUGACCUGAGAUCUUAAGAGAUCAUUAACAUAAAACAGUACUUUGACCCCAAAUCUCAUUACUUCUGCCUUUUAAACUAAACACUCAGGUUGCAGUAGAGCCUCAUAGCACGGACGUAUCAUACUACCUCGGUUAUAUGUUGCUAAUGUUGCCUCCUGUUUUCUGACAAUUAGUAGAAUUUUGGCUGAAGUGUAGGACUGUUUCUGGGACUGAAUGGCUGUUGACUGAGUAUAUCUGUGCUAGAAUAUUCGUGACCAAUUCCUGAAUUAAAGAAACAUCUUCUGUAGCAUUAAAUGCAAUCGAGCCAUUAUAUGGGAGAGUUCAGACAGUAAAAUGUUCUGUGUAUGAUGCAUUUAACUAACGGAAGCGGCCUUAAAAACGUAUGAUGUAUUCACACGUUCAAUAAACUUGGCUGCCCAUUG